GCACCGAAGUUCCCUGCGAGAGGCAGGGCAGGAGGGGAGGGGGACAGCCGAGAGCAGAGCCGGGGCUCCGGCCAUGCCCCAGCCCCGCCCCGGCCAGGUGCCCCCGGGCAGGUAGAGCCAGGUGGGCUCCGGGCAGAGCCAGGUGGGCUUCGGGCAGCUCCCCCCAUCCUGCUGGAUUUGGUUUUCCAGCCCAUCCCCUUCGGCACCUGCUCCUCCCUGGAGAAAUCCAUCCCUGGCUCGGCCGCUUUGUCCCAAACUCCGCGCUGCUGCCAGCAGCAGCUCGCCGAGGGGAGGAAACUUUGUGCCAAACUUUUUCUGGUGUUUUCGCUUUGCUUUUUCAUCCCUUGAGGGACUCUGCGCCAGCCAGGAGGGCUGGGGAGGCUUCUGAGGCACAGCCAGGCUCCCCCCAGACUCCCAAUCCCCCCAAUCCCAGGGACUGGAGAAACGCGGGGAAAGAAGGAAUAAGGGGAUUGCGGAGAAGGGGUGAAGGAAAGAAAAAAAAAAAAAAAAAGAAAAAAAAAAGCCAAGAACCUCUGGAAGAAGGAAAAGCAAACACAACCCGCAGCCCCAGGAUGAAGCGGUGAAUGGAAAGAACAAUUUAACUGGAAUCAACAAGUGGGAACUGCGCGCCUCGUCCUUCCCCUCCCUCCCCGCGCCGGCUUUCCCAAACUUCUCGCCGCGAAGGAAAACUUCUCCAGAGGGUUCGGGACACGCACCAGGACCGGCCCCGGGAUGCUGCCCCGGCCCAGAGCCCUCCUGGCCGUCUGUGCCCUCCAGGGGCUGCUGCUGCUGCACGGUCUCGCUGAGGAAAAGCUUCUUCAGAAGCCAAAACUGAGCAUUUUCAAGGACCAAAUUGUCAUCUCACCAGGAGAUACCCUAAAAAUAAAAUGCUGGGGAGCCCCAUCUGUGAGCUGGCAGCUGAGGGAAGACAACCCCCGGGUGCACGUGAGCGGCUGCCGUGACAUCUCCGGGCUGAGCUGCAGCCAGCUCGUCCUCAGGAGAGCCACUGCCAAUGACACUGGGUACCUCAGCUGUGCCCUCAACAGCACCCCCGAGCACCAGGGAGCUGUGGCCAGGAUCUAUGUCUUUGUCCAAGGUAAGAAUUUUGCUUUUUAAAUGGUGUUGGGCUGU